AAUUUUGCAUCAGCAGUUGUAUGCAGGUUCUUAGCCAUUGGCUGCACACAGCUCCUGUUCAAAGGGUUCUUGUGUGCCCUCAUAUUAGUAAAUGCACCUGCCCUUUGUGUGAUGUGUGAAAGACAGGCUGCUCUUAAAGGAUAAAUCGGCUUCCAACAGAAAGUGCUGAGGCAGUGUAAUGCAGGAUAAUUUAACCUUGGAAGAGCAGCCUUCGUUCAGGCACACUUGCAACUACUUUGCUAUUCACAGCAGUAAACCGAGGCUCGCAGAGGAACUGGUGGGCCAAAUAUGUGGAUAGAUGCAAGAGGUGCAGACAGGAAAUGGGGAAGAAUGGGGGAUAAUAGUGGUUUUAAAGCUUUAAAGGGGCUCUGAUUAGUUCUGAGAAAGGGCUUUAGCUGGUCCCAGCUCUAUUUUUAAUUUUGCGACUGACUGACUUUGGAAAAAUUAUUUAAACAAUUCAAGCCAGGUGCAAGUCUACGGGGAGAGGACAAACCCAUGGGCACUGGGUGCAGCGUGGGCACCCAGUCAGCUCAUGUGAUGUGGCAGCUGCCACCACACCCUUUCCUGUUUGCCUUGUGCCCACAGGCAGCCCUGCCAGCUACCACUGCCCGGAGUAAAGAGAAAGGUGGAAGUCUUGAUUUCCAAGAUGCAGAUAACCCCUACCACCCUGCAUUACUUGGCAACGGAGAGGUGGCAAGCAGCUCUGGCAUUAUAUCUCCCAUGCACCAAGUCAGAUGCUCUCAAAUGGGACACUGAGCUUGGAACUUCUCUCCGUAGUGUUGACUUUUAGCUGUGUCUCAGCCUCAUCUCCUGUAAAAGACACUGAGGAUGCCAGUGAAACUGACCUGGCAAAGCAUGAGGAAGAGGACUUUGUAGAAAUGAAAGAACAGAUGUAUCAGGAUAAACUGGCAUCUCUUAAGAGGCAAUUACAACAAUUGCAGGAAGGUACUCUUCAGGAAUAUCAGAAAAGAAUGAAGAAGUUGGAUCAGCAGUACAAAGAAAGGAUACGAAAUGCAGAGCUGUUUCUCCAGCUGGAAACAGAUCAGGUGGAAAAAAAUUACGUCAAGGAAAAGAAGGCAGCAGCAAAGGAGUUUGAAGAUAAGAAAAUUGAGCUUAAGGAAAAUUUGAUUGCAGAGUUGGAAGAGAAAAAAAAGAUGAUUGAGAAUGAAAAGCUUACCAUGGAAUUAACAGGAGAUUCAAUGGAAGUGAAGCCUAUUAUGACGAGGAAACUGAGGCGACGACCAAAUGAUCCAGUUCCUAUCCCAGACAAGAGGAGGAAACCUGCCCCUGCUCAGCUAAAUUAUUUGUUGACUGAUGAGCAAAUAAUGGAGGACCUGAGAACACUGAAUAAGCUUAAAUCACCCAAGAGACCAGCCUCUCCCUCCUCUCCCGAACACCUCCCAGCCACACCCGCAGAGUCUCCAGCACAGCGGUUUGAAGCCCGGAUAGAAGAUGGGAAACUCUACUAUGAUAAGAGAUGGUACCACAAGAGCCAGGCGAUUUACCUGGAGUCUAAAGAGAACACUAAGAUCAGCUGUGUGAUCAGUUCUGUGGGCGCCAAUGAGAUCUGGGUGAGGAAAACCAGUGACAGCACAAAGAUGAGAAUAUAUCUGGGACAGCUGCAGCGAGGUGUUUUUGUGAUUCGUCGACGAUCAGCUGCAUGACUGUAUGCUCUUCCUUGGUUUUGUUUUUGUUUGUUUUGGUUUGGUUUUUUUUUAACUGAUAGACAAACCUCUAAUGGGGAAUGGCAGUCUGUUUGCUCAUCUAAGCAGCAGAGAACACUGUCAUGACCUCUUACGAGACAGUUUGUGGCUGGCCACAUAAUCCCCAGUAGUCCUUAAAUCUUUAGUGAUACCCAAGCACUGCCCUGGACUCUUUCUGGAUUUUGCAUCAAGCUUCUGUAUGCUUUCUCUAUAUUUUGGGUGACUGUUUAAGAAGACUGCAUCAUACUUUUUUCAUCAUUGUUUCAUGGUGCAUAGAUGGGACUCGUGUGUUGAAAACAACGUAACAUUUAUGGUUUGAGUCAGACCAAUGGAAGAAGCUUUGCUUGUCAAGACGUGAGGUUAUUCAUUCUUUUUGGGUUUGUUUUCCUGCAAGGCUUGGGAUGUUGUGCAAAAGGAGAUUAAUCUUGCCAGCUUUCAGCUGCAGCCGAGAGAUGCAUCUGUAAUAUCUGGUAUAUGACAUCAGCUUUAUUGGAUGAACUGUUUAAGAAUUGAGCACUGAGGCUUUUUUUUUUUUUAGGGAAGUGUGAACAGCUUAGAAACUGCUGAAAAUCCAGUUGAUUUUAAUGUAGUUAAGUUACAUGUGGUUAAUCAGAAGCUUCCAUUUGUCUUCACAUUAAAAAACCCUUCAACCAACAAGCAAAGAGUAUAUCUAUUUGCUGAAGUACUUCCCUGAAAUAGGUGGAUGAGUAUAAACCAAAGGAUUAAUUAAGUGGACUUUGCAGAUAGUGAGACUAUAUGAACUAACUGUCUGAGUAUAACCACUCAUACAUGUAGGAAGGCGAAAGUUAAUUUUCAUUUCUUCACUGACACUUAGAGUAACAGUUCAUGCUGGAAUCCUGCUGACAGAAGAUACUGGACCUGUUGUAUCUUCCAAAGAAGCCUGAUACAGAGUAGUAAGCAGCAUUGACAUACUUUUACUGUGUAGCUGAAAUUCCCUAAAUUCCCUAAAAUAUCAUGCAAAGGUUUCACCGUGAAGGGUAUUUUAAUUAAUGGAGAUAACACUGGGUUUCUGCACUUGCCCUCUGAUAACGAGUGUUGUGGUUUGAACCUAGCCAGCAGCCAGACAUCACACAGCUGCUCACUCACCGUCUUCCCACCCUUGGGAUGUGGGAGUGAAUUGGAGGGCUAAAGGUAAGGAGACUCAUGGUUUGAGAUAAAAACUGUAAUUGAAAUAAAAUUAUAAUAAUGGAAAAUACAGAUGAGUAAUAAACAACAUGAUUGCUCGCCACCUGCAGACUGACACCCAGUCUGUUCCCAGCUAGCAAUCCCAGAGAAGAUUCCAAAACCACAAUCCUGGAAAGAGAGCAAGUUUCCUGGCCCACCCUCAUCUAUAUACCAAGCAUGAUGCUGUAUGAUAUGGAAUAUUCAAUUGGCCAGUUUGCUGGAAUAUUCCAUUAGCUGUGCUCCCCUCCAGGUUCUUGUGCACCUGUGUACUAGCAGGACAUGUGAAGCUGAAAGGUCUUUGAUUUCUUAGCAACAACUAAAAACAUCAGUCUAUUAUCAACAUUCUUCUCAUAUCAAAUCCCCUGCUGAAUCCAAAGCACAGCACUAUUCUAGCUACUAAGAAGAAAAUUUAACUGUAUACCAGCUGAAACUAGGACAUACAAGUGAAAAUGCUCAAGUGAUGAUACAAAUAUACUCCCUUACAAGAUGUUUAAUGAUCUGACUCUGGCAUUCCUUUAUUAUUCCGAGUCUUUUGCUGAUGGCUGAAGCCACUGAUACCAUAUGUGACUGCACUGGCAUGAACUGCACAGUGCACUGGCCACGCUGUCAGAUCAUUGCCUUCUGUGCAAAAGAACUUUGUGCUCCUUUUGAUUACUGGAUAAAAAGUUGUAAUUUCCGCCUUUAUCAAUAUCUGUCACUUUGAGGCAUCUUUUGGUUUUGCUUUUGAACUGCCUUCUUGUUCAGCAUCAGUCUAGCCCUUCCUUCAUAUCUGGAUAAAUGGAGUAUUUCAAACGACUGUUUCCAUUUCUUUUACUUACUGCAGUUGGGUGGCAGUCACAUCCUAAUAACUGAUGUAUAUAUGUGGAUCUGGAGUGGAGUGUUAUGGUUGAGUUUGAUAUGUUGCCUUUGUGGCUGAGACAUUUAUACUGGUUUUAGAGUGUCAACUGGAUCUGGAGCUUUGGUGAGGAAAGGAGAGGGUGUCUGUUUCCCACCCCUUGAAAAUGUGCCAUCUUUGCUGCAGUGUUAGUCAGGUGGAAAGCAGCAGGCUGUAUUUUGUCAAGUUAACAGCAUACUUAAUAUAACUUAGCAUUCUCUGCACGUGUGACAGGUUUUUAAUAAGGUGAUGAUGUACCAAACAGGAUUUGUCACUGAGCCUUAAAAUGAACAUCAUAGCUCUUAUAAUAAAAAGUGCUGAGUAAAUUGCAGGAUUUAUUUCUUACGUAUAUAGUUUUAUCAAUAUAUGUGUUUGUGGAAAUAGCUGGAAGCUUUGGUUUGAUUUUUGGGGAGUUAUUUUUGCCAGCCUGCUAACAGCAGGUAAUCUAUCUGCUGCUUUAGUGUUACCUGGUUUGGGUUAAAUUUAAAGGUAUUGGUAGAAUUGAAGAAGUGCAGCUGCUCUCCUAGGGCCACGUGCGGUAUAGGUGCACACUGUGUACGCUUAAUUAUAUAGCUUCAACACCACAUCUUAAUCUGGAUCGACAGCAUCUGCUCACCAUCCCUGUUCCUUGGCAGAAGGGGAGAAAGAAUAUCUGCUCUCAGCCAGAAGCCUGUCUUUGUCAGCUGUGGUCUUAUAUUUUGGGGGGGGGGGGGUGCCUGAUAGGAUAGGACGCGACUUGCAUUUCUAGUUCACACCCUAAUCAGAAUUUGAAGAGUCUUCUGGAAGUGGAUACCUGUGGGGCUGUUGUGCCAUUUCCCUCUCCUCUGACCCUGCUGUGGACACUGGACUGCUGAGAAAGUUACUGUUACAAGGAGUCAUCUUGUGUUGGUACAGAUAAUCAAGUGUAGCCUUGGACUGCAAGUUGUAGUGAU